AUGUCCACUCAUACCAACUUAAGUACACACCAAGAUCAUAGUAUGGAUAUGUUUGACGAUCGAUUGAUAAUACUUUCUCAACCAAGAACGGCUCGAGUAACAACAUCAGGAAGAGUGUUAAGUGAAACAUCAUUUGCUCGUUCCUGUCGAUUCAUACCAUACACUGUGAGGUCAACUGAGACACAACAAAAUCAUUCACAACAGCAACGUACAACAAUUAGAAAUUCUUUACAACAACAUGCCAACACAUAUCAUCAAAGCCAAGCUAGUAAUAUUUCAGAAUCACCAACAAGUCAUAAUUCACAACUACAAACUAUUGAUAACAAUUCACAACAACAAACAAUCAACAGUAAUUCACAACACUUUUCAACCAUAUCAUAUAAUUCACAAUUUCAAUGUAAUGGUGGUCAUGACGAUGAUGGUUGGCCAAUGUUAUAA